CACGUGGUGAUAGACCUAUUUACAAUGCCUAUCCGUACUUCUAUUUCAGUAUAAUAUCCCGGAGUACCCGAAAACAAGAUACACCUUAUUAAGUUGGAAAGACCAACACUAUCAUGAUGUCCAACGCCGACGUUGCCAGUAGCGCACAUGUACUAGCCCGAGAGUUGAUAGCCACGGACUCCCCGAGGCAGCGACCGAGUCCGCCGCCUGCCAGGCGUCGAGACAAGCCCCAGCUAAGUUGCAAUGCGUGUCGGAGGCGGAAAGUACGAUGCGACCGUCUGUACCCCUGCAGUAACUGCUCGAGUAGGGGACUGGAUUCUUCAUGUACUUACCCUACCACGCGCGCGACGCUAUCAGGCCGGCCUCAUGCAAGCGCCCAUGUGCAGGAACGCGUCAACAAGCUCGAGAACUUGGUCCUGAGUCUCAUGCAGCAGACUGCCUCGAGCCCCGGUGGAUCACCAUCAGACCUCCUGCCAGCCACACCAGAUGAAGGCCCUCCUUGCCAGAGCCCCGCAACCGAUCCCGCGGGGCCAGAGGUGGCCAGACCCGGGCCUGAGAUCAAAGUCGAAGUAUCACCAUCCCCGUCCGACUAUGGCAGCAUCAGGAUACGAGAAUCAGGAGUCAGCUAUGUCAGCAGCGCACAUUGGGCAGCCAUGCUCGACAGUAUUGCCGAGCUGAGGGAUCACCUCGAGAAGGAGGACGAAGUCCACGCGCGAAGCCCUGACAUUGUCCAGCUGCAGGCCAGCUUUCCCAGUCCCCAGCUCCUCUAUCAUUGCCCAAUGCAUGUAACUCCAGCUUCAAUUCUCGAGGCCAUACCACCUCGGUCCGCUGUGGAUAGAUUGAUCUCCCGUUAUUUCAACGACCUGGACAUGGCUACAGGUGUCGUGCACAGAGCCAAAUUUCUUCGAGAGUAUGAGGAAUUCUGGAAGUCACCACAAGCCACACCAAUAAUGUGGGUAGGCCUUCUGUUCACAAUGAUGUGCCUGUCGACACAGUUCCAACAGUCUCUGCUUACUCCUACCAACGCCUUGGCUGGGGGUGGGCCCUAUGCAUCACCUUCGCAGGCUUCCGAGAACCAAGCAACGGUAGAAAUGUUCCGAGAGAAGAUCAUACAGUGCCUUAACCUGGGCCACUACACAAAAGGCGGGCCCUACGUAGUGGAGACGUUGAUUCUCUACUUCCUGGUCGAGCUCUUCCCCCUCAAGGAGGUCGACAUUGGCAUCUGGCUCCUGGCGGGCAAUAUAGUCCAGAUUGCCACGCACAUGGGAUACCAUCGAGAUGCCACCCACUUCCCCAACAUCUCCCCCUUUGAGGGGGAGAUGCGGAGGCGUGUCUGGGCGAUGAUAGUCCAACUAGACUUUAGCAUCUCCACCCAGAUGGGACUGCCCAGGCUGAUCAAGGAGAGCCAGACCAACACCGCCGAGCCGCGGAACCUGGCUGAUUCGGACUUUGACGAGCAUACGGUCGAGUUACCCCCUUCUCGGCCGGAGACAGAGGUGACACCCACCCUCUACACCCUAUCGAAGCUCAGAAUACUUUCCGUCGGGACCAGGGUCGCCGAUGUGGCUACCAAUCCCCGGCCGUACUCGUAUGACAAAGUGUUGGAGCUCGAUAAGCAGAUCGACGAGGCCCGGGACGCCCUGCCAACCAGCAUGAAAUGGGAGGGCCUGGCGUCCUCCCUCGCCGUACCGCCGCUGGUGAUCCUGCAGCGGAUCUGGCUAGAGAUAUGCGUCCAGCGCCUGAAGAUCGUCCUGCACAAGAAGUUCCUCGUGCCGUCCCGCCUCCAAAAGCAGCAGCAGCAGCAGCAGCAUCUCGACUCGCGACCUGCGUGCCUGACCGCCGCCAUGCGAAUCCUGGAAUUCCAGCAUCUCAUCGACGAGGAGACCCAGGUGGACGGCCUGCUGUACCUGAUACGCUGGAGGGUGUCUACCGCGCUCACGCACGAGUUCCUCCUCGCCACCAGCGUUCUAUGCUUGUAUCUCCAAUUCCACGCCGAGGAGCAGGGAGAGCAACAUGACAAUGACGUCUCAACGGACGCCGAGGUCGCCCCGGCGGACAGGAUCAGAGAGCUCUUGAGGACAUCACAGGCCAUCUGGCUCCGGUUAAGCGCCGAUUCUACUGAAGCCCGGAAGGCUGCCGCGGCUCUGCGUUAUGUCCUCGGUGAUUCAGGGGUCGGGUCGGAGGCCUUGGGGUCUGUGGACGGGAUGUUGGGCCCUGCAUCUGUUGCGGCCGCCCCGUACUUCUUUUCAGGAUUUUUAGACUUGAUUCCAGGCUAUAACUACCCCAACCUGGGACUGGAGCCGACAGACGAAGAGCCAUCUUAGUAGAAGUUUGUGCCGGACUUGAACCAUGAUGUUGAGCAACAGGCGAAAUAUAGUUUAGAUGGACCUGUAUUAUGAUCUGGCAGGCCGGGUUAGAAACACUUCCGCAUGUCUAUACCCCCUAAGGUGGUAGGGCGCUGUUGGGGUGGUAGGCCAAGGCAUCGCUGAUAGACACGGUAAACGUUGCAAUGGGAUGCUUGUGAAACCGAUUACGGGAUAGAACGGAUGGUGCCUAUUAGUUUCGACACUGGGAGACAAGUACCUUUAGCAAAGACAUAGGAAUGAGGAGAUGUCGCGA